AUGACAGACUUCGAGAGAAUGUUUGAAAAAGUACGCAAUCUAUUCGCAAGCGGCGAUCCGUCAGCAACCGAAAAAGUCAUCAAGUUAAAGGGAGAACACGAGGAAAUUCUCCAUAAGAAAAGCAUCUCGGAACUAACCUUCAACAACUAUGAAGAAGAUUCACUUGGAACAGCAUUGAUUCCGGAUGAUGAAAAUCUUCCACGUGGUCUACGGGCUCUUCAAGUUUCCAGGGACGGGAAUUGUUUGUAUAAUUCUGCGUCAGUUUUAAUGAAGGGAGAUGAGUCACUAAAUGGAACUUUACGAUUUCUGACUGCUUGUGAACUAUUUUUAAACGCUGAAUUCUAUGCUAAUCACGAAAAGCUCUCUGAAGCAAAUGCGGAGUGUUCCUACUCAGAGAAAACAGUGUUUAUUUUAAUGCUGACGUCGGCAGGCGAGAAAGAGUGGCAGUCGACCAGACGUGCAGUUGAAGCCGUAAAAGCAGAAGCUAUGAGUGCCUCAAAAGACAAGGUUUGGAGCAGUCUUGUACAUUUGAUGGCAUUAAGUACAGUGUUAAAACGGCCAAUUUUUUCUGUUUACCCAAACACAAACCCCGCUUUGAGACCACUGAUCCUUGGAUUGGUACAUCCUCGCGUAAGCAGUGCCGCUGACGUUUUGCCGAUCUACAUUUUGUGGUCAAGAGAGGACAAUCUUGACAAUCGCUCUGGUGCUGUAUAUCAGCCAAACCAUUUUGUACCACUGGUGUGUAAUGUUUGUACACCCAAGGAUAACACGGCCUCUGCUACUGCACCCACGGCUCCCGUUUCUGCACCCACGGCUCCUGUUACUGCACCCACGGCUCCAGUUAGUGUACCUACAGCUCUUGUUACUGCACCUACGGCUCAUGUUAGUGUAUCCACGGCUCAUGUUAGUGUAUCCACGGCUCCUGUUACUGCACCUAGUGGCGGGAAAAAAGCGAUCGCAAUCACCAGUUUUUUUUUCCUUAAAGUCUAAAGGCAGCACCACUGUACUGAAACCAGGCACCAAAAGGCCCAGGGCUUCAUCUGAGAUCAGUGAUGAAAACGAGGUAAAAGUUAAAAAACAUCCCCGUACUUCCACUACACAUAGUGAUACUGUUACGUGAAAGUACAACGCCAAUUGGAAGAAAGAAUUUACCUGGGUAAACUUUGAUCCACAAAAAAACGCGAUGUAUUGCACAUUUUGUCAAGAGGCUGGCGCCGAAAUAGCAGGCAAAACAGACUUUGUCACCGGCUGUACAUCAUUUAAGAAAGAAACCCUAUCCAUUCAUGGAAGGAGCCAUCGUCACACGCGCGCACGAGACCAUCUACUUGGUAAGCAGAAACCAGCAUCGGAAGGACCAUUAAGAGCAGUUUUCCAAAAAUGCGAAGUCAGAACGACAAAGAUGCGCAAAAAGAGAUGA